AUGAUGUUUGGAACUGGAAUAUUGUCAAAAUUCAUACAUAUUACAAUUGUGGUUGCAACUUAUUGGAUAAUUUCUAUAUUGACAGUAUUUAUAAAUAAAGCCCUUUUAUCCAGUAAUACUAUAAAUUUGGAUGCACCUCUUUUUAUAACAUGGUGUCAAUGUAUAAUAUCCUUAAUUAUUUGUGUAAUUCUUAGUAAUUUAUCAAAGUGGUUUCCAAAAUAUUUUAAAUUUCCUGAUGGUAAUCCAUAUACUAAAGAAACUCUUAAAAAGAUAUUACCAUUGUCCCUUCUAUUUACUGGUAUGAUUGUAACUAAUAACUUAUGUUUAAAGUAUGUUGAUGUUACAUUUUAUUACAUAGGACGUUCAUUAACAACUGUGUUCAAUGUUAUUUUCACUUAUCUUAUACUAGGUCAAAAGACUUCUACAAACUGUAUUGCAUGUUGUGCAUUUAUUGUGAUGGGAUUUUGGCUUGGUGUGAAUCAAGAACAUGUUGCUGGUUCUUUAUCCAUUCUAGGAACAAUUUGUGGUGUAUUAGGAUCAUUAAUUCUUUCUUUGUAUUCUAUUCAUACGAAACAAGUACUUCCCACAUUAAAUCAAGAUAUUUGGUUACUUUCUUAUUAUAACAAUGCAUAUAGUGUCAUUAUAUUUCUUCCAUUAAUGAUAGCUAAUGGAGAACAUAUUACAGUAUACAAUUAUGAUAAAAUUGGAUCUUUAUCUUUUUGGUUGGCUAUAACUAUUGGAGGAGUCUGUGGGUUUGCUAUUGGUUAUGUUUCAGCACUGCAAAUAAAAGUAACAUCUCCUUUAACACAUAAUAUUAGUGGAACUGCUAAAGCUUGUACACAAACAGUUUUAGCAACUUAUUGGUUUAAUGAAAAGAAAUUAUUUAUGUGGUGGAUAAGUAAUUUUAUUGUGCUUGGUGCUAGUGCAAUAUAUGCUAGAUUAAGACAACUUGAAUUAAGUAAAGGAUACAAAUAA